AUGAAUCAGAAGAUCCCCUGCCCUGAUCCAUUCACCCGUGUGGCAACUCAGCUCUUCCACCUGCCCAGCAUCUGCUCCACCAUCUACCCCAGCCUCUGGGACUUCAGUGCUAGGAUGGAGACAGAAAUCAGCUUCAAGACCGGAGACCUCUUCGAGGUCAUCGGGCAGGAAGGAGAAUGGUGGUGGGCCAAGAAAGUGGACAGCUCUGGAAGGCGCCUGGCCGAAGGUUACGUUCCUUACAACUACUUAGCCAAGCAGGAGACGAUGGAGGCUGAACCAUGGUUUUUUGGGAAGAUCUCACGCUCGGAGAGUUUGCACCUGGUGCUGGCGGACAGAAACCCAACUGGGGCCUUUCUGAUCCGCAUCAGCGAGAAGAAAGGAGCUGAAUACGUGCUGUCAGUCCGGGAUGACUCCGUGGUGAGACACUACAAGAUCUGGCGGGGCGCCCAAGGGAAGUUUUACAUGAACAAGGCGCAGUCGUUUCCAGAUCUGCCCAGCCUCGUGGAGUGCUACAAGGCAAAGAGCCUCUCGCACGGCCUGACGCUGACCAUCCCCUGCUGGAAGCAACAGCACGAACCUCUCCCUCACUGGGACGACUGGGAAAGACCCAAAGAAGAGUUUAGUCUGUCCAAGAAGCUGGGAGCUGGGUACUUUGGAGAAGUCUAUGAGGGAUACUGGAAAAACAAGGUCAAGGUUGCAAUUAAAGUGAUCCCCAAAGCGGACCUGACCUACCAGUGUGCAUUCAAGAACGAGAUUGAGACCAUGAAGAAGCUGCGACAUAAGCACAUCCUCUCGCUGUACGCCAUCUCCUCGGUCGGGGACCCAUUAUACAUCAUCACUGAGCUCAUGCCCAAGGGGAACCUGCUGGAGUUUCUUCGAGAGUCGGAAGGGGAGGACCUGCAGAUGCUCGAGCUGGUUGACAUGGCGUCCCAGGUGGCAGACGGGAUGUGCUACCUGGAGUCCCAGAAUUUCAUUCACCGAGACCUGGCUGCCAGAAACAUCCUUGUUGGAGAGAACAACACCUGCAAAGUGGGUGAUUUUGGACUGGCCAGGCUUAUCAAGGAUGAUGUGUACUUGUCCUAUUCCAAAAAUAUCCCCUAUAAAUGGACAGCCCCUGAAGCCUUCUCCCAAGGACGCUACACCACCAAGUCCGACGUCUGGUCUUUUGGGGUCCUUCUGUUCGAAAUCGUCACCCACGGGCAAAUUCCAUACCCAGGUAUGCAAAACAGUGAGGUUUGCAAAAAAGUCCAAGCUGGUUUCCAGAUGCCCUGCCCACCAAAGUGCCCACCGACCCUCUAUGGCAUCAUGCGCAAGUGCUGGCACCUCUUCCCAGAGCAACGGCCGAGCUUCAAAGAUCUCUGCGGGCUGCUCCAGACUGUCACCAACUACGAGAACCCAGAGUGA